AUGCGGAUCAUUUGUCUUCAUGGUAAUGGCACCAACAGUGCUAUCAUGAAGCUGCAGACUGCCCCGCUCAUCCACGAGCUGGAAGACGACCAUGAAUUCGAGUUUGUCGAAGGCACUCUGCAGGCCCCGAUGGCUGAAGGAAUAGGAAGCCUGACAACGCCUGCAGAUCAAGUUUUCUACGCAUUCUACAACCCAGAUGACCCCGCCACGCUCCUCGUGGCCCUGGACCAGUUAAGCAGCUACGUCGACGAUCAGGGACCCUUUGACGGUGUGGCGGCAUUCUCCGCGGGGGCCGUUCUGGCUGCCCUGUACCUCUUACAGCAUUGGCAACAAGGGAAACCGCUGCCAUUCCGCUUUGCCGUCUUCUUCUCCACAGCCUCCAGCGACGCCGAACUCGCCCAGCUUAGCCUUGCUCCCACCCCGGGGUGUCUCAAACUGCCCACCGCGCAUAUCUGGGGCCAGAAUGAUUUAACUGCCCCGACCGGUGGCGCUAACAUGGCUAGCCUAUGCGAUCCGUCGCAAGCCUUUGUGUCCGUUCAUGAAGGUGGUCAUGGGUUUCCUCGACAGUCCAAGCUGACCGAGGCCGUCCAUAUGAUGCGACGUGCGAUUGGCCGCGCCUCGUCCUGA